AUGAGAGCUGGUCUGAGCCGGAUGAAUCAGGUCUCCCCCCAAUUUCUCGUCUUUAUCGACUUGUACAAACUGCUUGUUUGCAGCGUUUGUCGCUAUGUCCUGAUGGGUAACGACCCAUUAACCCACAUCUUCGCCCAUGACCCUACCCUUAGGGGUAAUACCGCUAUGCUUGACUAUCUGAGGAGCGUCAUCGCACAGCGUUUACCGAUCGAGGAUACUUAUAGGGCUAUCCAGCUCGCGAGCCCUAUCGAUCCUCUCCCUGGCCUUGCUACCCCUUUUGUUGGACGCCGAUGUAAAUUCGACGGCUGUGCCUCUGUUUUUGCUAGUCACCCCUCCAUCGAAAAGCAUCUACGCGAGAUCCUCAAAGUCCACGGUACCUCGGCGGAGCUCGGCGCCUACAUCGGGAAGCCCUUCAUCCAAGGUCUCCAGAAGAACCGGUUCUUCGAAGUCCUUCAAGUCCAAGCAGCUACGCCGGCCUUGAACCCAAUCCUCGGGUCCCAGCGUCCACUGCCAGAUACCGAGAGCUCCCUUUCCCACCCAACUGCUAUAUUAGCCGGUCCCAGGGCCGAUCAGUCGCUUUGA